AUUAUAAUGAAUAUAUUUUUUUGCAAAUCAUUCAAAACUUUUUUUGUACUCUAAGUUGAAUUGAUUUGUAUUAAUAAUAAUUGUGUGCUUACUAUGACUGCAAUAAUGACAGAUCAAUCGCCUCCAAAUGUGGCCAAACUUGUCAACGAUUUGAUGGCCAACAACAAUGCCUCGGAUGAAGAUAGCGAAGCUGUUUUGCAUCAGUUGAAGACAUACUUGGCGUCGGUUAACAGCUCGCAGAUGGAGACCAUUGUUCGUGAGGUAAAUGUUACCGAAAUUUGUCAACAACUGAAUAACGCCGAAAACAAUGCAAAUACCGAUGUGAUUGCCGGUGUCUUUGACAUUGUAUUUGAGACACUGUCUGCUCAGUACAUACUAAACAAUUUGCAUAAAGACAUUGUCAACGGUUUGGACGCCAAAAAUGAUGCGUUUGUCGAACUAUGGCUCCGAACUCUGGACCGAUCUCUAACUCACGAGUUGGCUCUCAACCAUACUUUAAAUACGGAAAUCGAUGUUCAUUUGGUGCUCAUAAAAGUGAUCCGAUUGUUUGCCAAACAGCAGACAUCCAUUGCCAAACAUUGCCGAUCAAUUGUCCUGAAUAUUGCCAAAUCUAAUACAUUGGGCGACAAAUUUUUCGAGAAAGACAUUCACGAACUGUUGGUCGUGACAAAGUCGGUCAGUGAUAUCGUUCAGAUGAGAGUAUAUGAUAUAUUGGUGGCCAUUGCCAGCACAUCGCACACCAAUUUCUAUAAAGUCGAAGGUUUCGGCCAUUUGGCAAACUUGUUGACCGAUUUCAAUGUCUGCUCAAAAACUGAUCCUCUGUUGACGCUUAAUAUAUUGCAAAUACUGACAGAUUUGGGUGCAACCACUUUUGGCAACGAUUAUCUUCAAUCGUCGGAGAUAUUGAAGACAAUUGUACGCUGUUUGGACACCAGUGACAGCGAUAUCUUUGCUAAUCUAUUGAUACCGGGUUAUGUCAAGAUAGUCGCAACAUUGGCUGCAAGUGAUCCGAAAAUAUUGGCCAAAUAUCCCUCAGUAUUGACCAAAUUAAAAGCACUGUUGACUGAUGUGGAUCCAUCUCUAGUGUUUUGUGCCAUCGAUGGUAUUGCUGUUAUGUGCUAUAGAAAUACCGGCAAAGAAAUGGUUGAUAAGAACAACGAUAUAUCGAAGGUGUUUAUGUCGACAAUCAAUAAUUUCUUGACAAAUGGAAGUACUGAACACAAGAUGAGAGCAUUGAACGGAUUGUCAAAUCUGUUGAAACUGAAUGAGUCCGACUAUAAUAGCGAUUUGAGUACCAAUUUCUCCUAUAAAUGGUUUCAAUUGUUUUCGCCGAACGACAACAAAAUAUUAGUACUUCUUCAUAUAGCUAAAGAACCGUUCAUUGAAUUACGUUUGGCUGCUAUGGAGUGCAUCCGAGUGGUGACCACAUUUAGUUGGGGACAGAAAGAGUUGGCCGCUACGGCCGGCUUUCUUGAAUACCUAUUGGACAGAUCAACUGAGACCACCAAACACGGCAAAGAAGCCAAAUACUCGAUUGUCAAACAAUUGGUUGGUUCGCCGUUCAUAAGCGAAUCGUUUACCAAAGAAGCGGUCAUCCAAUUGCGUGCUUUCUAUAAGGAGGGCCCCUAUUAUAUGGGCAACGAUACGGCUGUAUCGUUUGAAGCGGUUUGAAGACGGUUUUUAAAAAAAACUGUUACGUAUAUUAAAUA